GUCGCCCAAAUUUUCUUUGCAGUGCUGUGUGUCGAUAAUAACCAGCGGGCAACUGGCCAAGUGAAUAAUUCUUGUGAGUUGACAUAUCCUUGCUCAUCACGCGGUCCUAACCGACAAAUAUUCACUUGCAAUCCCACACUCACUUUGAGCCUCCACUCUUGACCUGCCCUCUCUUUCUUUUUCUCAACACCUUCACUCCUUCAUCACACGCUCCUUACUGCGUCUUUGUUUCAUCUUUUGCAAUCACACCACUCACGCUGCUCGUUUCAAGCAUUCAGUUCCUCUCACGCACACGUAGCUCGAGUCCCUGAUCGAGCUCAAGCUCCUGCUUGCUGCACCCCGCUGUGUCGAGCCUAGAGCUCAGCUGUCCCUGACUGUCCCGGUUCAAGUGAGUCUGAGUCCGUCAACUCGCAACCACGAUGUCGGACCUCAACUAUGUCCCGCUUUAUCCCUACAACGGGACCAAAGCAACUGGUGGAGACUCCCUCACUCAAGACCUUAACAUCUAUUAUGAGUCUGGCAAUAUCUCAUGGAUGAUAACUUCAACCGCACUCGUCCUCCUCAUGAUUCCAGGCGUUGGGUUUUUCUAUUCCGGCUUGGCUCGUAGAAAGUCGGCUCUCUCCCUGAUCUGGCUCUCUCUGAUGGCUACUGCCCUGGUCUCGUUCCAAUGGUUUUUCUGGGGUUAUUCGCUCGCGUUCUCCCACUCAGCGGGAAAAUACAUUGGCGAUCUGAAAAACUUUGGUUUGAUGAACACCCUUGCUCAGCCAUCUGUUGGAAGCAGCAAUAUCCCAGACUUGCUUUUUUGCGUAUAUCAGGGCAUGUUCGCUGCCAUCACUGUUGCCCUUGCAGUUGGCGCUGUGGCCGAAAGAGGACGUAUGCUCCCUUGCCUUGUCUUCAUGUUCAUCUGGACCACUGUCAUUUAUGAUCCUAUUGCAUGCUGGACAUGGAAUCCCGCCGGGUGGGUGUUUAAAAUGGGCGGCCUCGAUUUUGCCGGUGGUACUCCUGUGCAUAUUUCAUCUGGAUCAGCUGCCCUGGCUUACUCUGUCAUGCUGGGCAAGCGUCGUGGUCAUGGCACAACCGAACUCAACUAUCGCCCUCACAAUGUAACCCACGUGGUUAUCGGUACGGUCUUCCUCUGGGUCGGCUGGUUCGGUUUCAAUGCUGGUUCGGCCCUGUCCGCCAAUAUGAGAGCUGUCAUGGCUGCCGUCGUCACGAAUCUGGCUGCUUCGGUGGGCGGUAUCACUUGGUGCCUCAUUGACUACCGUCUUGAGAAAAAGUGGUCAACCGUCGGCUUUUGCUCGGGCGUGGUCGCUGGUUUGGUCGCUAUCACCCCGGGAUCUGGCUUCGUCCCUGCUUGGUCAGCCGUCGUCUACGGCGUUGUUGGUGGAGCCUUGUGCAACUACGCUACCAAGCUGAAGUUCCUCAUCGGUGUCGAUGAUGCGCUUGACAUCUUUGCUGAGCACACGAUUGGAGGCCUCGUCGGAAAUGUUCUUACCGCUUUCUUCGCCGCUGACUAUAUCGCGCAUUUGGACGGCGUUACUGUAAUUCCUGGAGGCUGGUUAAACCAUCACUGGAUCCAACUCGGCUACCAGCUUGCUGAUUCAGUUUCUGGAUUCGCUUAUUCAUUUGGCGGAACUUGUAUCAUCCUCUUCCUGAUGAAUCUCAUUCCUGGUCUCAGCCUUCGCGUGAGCGAAGAAGCCGAAAUCCUUGGUAUCGACGACGCCGAGAUUGGCGAGUUUGCUUAUGACUAUGUCGAGCUUACCCGUGAUAUCGUACCAACCGAUGCCGUCGAAGGGUCCUCCAAAUUCUCUGGUGACCGUGACUCCCCUGUUGGACCCAAUGAGAAGCAGUUUACUACUGCCAGCCGCGAUCCUGCAUCCAUCGCCCAGUAGAGGCUGGAACGAUACCUCAGAGCAUUGAUUGUUGGUCUUGGGUAUCGAUCUGGCGGAUUGGAUUCCGAAUUCGAUAGAUCGCAUAUUCAGACACAUGUAACAUGAUGUUACCUUAGUUGAUGCUCUUUUUAAGAAUUCGGCGAUAUUUUAGUUAAUCUCCGACGUCUGUUUCAAGGUCCUACCUUGAUAAAUGCACUCUUGUACUCAAUAUUCCCCACCCAUAUUUUACUUUCAUGGUCGAGAUUCAUAG